AUGACGAAAUCAACGCUCAACACCUGCUAUGCCAUGGAUGAUCGACACGCAAAGGUCUACUUGUUCUCGCUCGUGGUCAAGCAGUGGCGCGCCGGCAAAGGUGUUCCAGUCGCGUGGAUGUUGACGCCUCAUGAAACUCAGUCAGUAUUAUUGAGCACCCAAUAAGAAGCGAUCUGCUACCGAUGUAUGUUCGUGUGCUCAUGUGAAUCCCUACCCUGUGCCAUUGCAGAUAUCCCAUCAUGAAUUGGCUCCGACGGGUUCGAAGCUCGGUUCCGUCGUUCGUGCCGGAGACGUUUGUCUUGGACUGCUCCGACACCGAAGCUACGGUCGCUCGACUGGCAUUUGCAGAUGCAUGCAGAGGUGAGUAUGAUCACUAUGGGGAGAGGCGGACGAGCAGGGUAUUUGAGUACAAUGUUGUAAUGCAGUACAUUUGGCCAUCCUACUUAUCCCGAACCGAACCGGCCCAGUAG